AUGACCGGUUAUUUAGAAAAUUUAUUCCAUAGCAUAUCUGAUUAUUUUAUUGGUGAUUCUCGGCAGCAAUCUCGGCAGCAAUCGCAGCAAUUUCCUCAGCAGUAUUCUCGGCAGCAAUCGCAGCUAUCGAAGCAAUCUCAUCGUCAUAUUAAUAACUCUCUCUCAAUCAGCACUAAAAGCAAAACUAUCCAGAAAUCUCACAAGAAACGUCCUCAUAUUCUUAGCCUACAGCACUUAAAUAACGCCCAAUUGAGGAAAAUUAAACUCGCAUUCCAUCAACAGCAGUCUAGAGGUUACUCUGCAGAUUUUGAUACCUUUAAAGGCUAUUACUCGUUCAAGCAGCGCGUCGAUAAGCUUAAUCUGGGUCAGAAUAUACCUCCCUCAACUCGCUCAAGGAAGAGCUUAGAUGUUGGUUGGCUAGAUACCAAGCAGCUGCGCAGCGAUACCUCUUUCAACGCAGCACCACCAAAGGUCUAUCACUUAUCACAGCUUGAACUCGCAAAGCUCUCCUUAGGCCCUAAACGUGAACUCCCAACUGAACUUUCUGAUGAAGAGCACGCUGAGCACAAGAAGAUUAUGAGCCUGUCUGGCAAAGUUAGUAAAUGCGGUAGACAGACCAUGAUGUCAAAUGAUCUUAAACUCCUUCUUCCUGGAAGGUGGCUGAAUGAUGAAGUUAUCAACUUUUAUGCCGAGAUGCUAAGAAAGAGGAAGGCUGAUGAUAUAGAAAGUUGGGAGAAGAACGACAAGAAAGGCGUCAAGCCAUUUGACGCGUACAUACACGGCACAUUUCUCUUCUCUACCCUCGAAUCAGCUGGCUAUGACAAAGCUAAAUUGGGAAGAUGGGUAAAGAAGAUUGACUUAUUCGAAAAAGAUAUUAUCAUCUUUCCAAUCAACCGCGGUCAGUCACAUUGGGUUUGUGGGGCUAUCAAUAUGCGCAAAAAGCGUUUCGAGAUGUAUGACUCAAUGGGUGGGGGUAAUAAGCACGUAUAUAACAAAAUGCGCGAGUAUAUUGGCAAGGAACACGAAACGAAGAAGGGCACUCCAUUUGACUUUACAGACUGGGAAGACUUCUGGUCGGAGAAUACACCCGCUCAGAACAAUGGAUUCGAUUGCGGUGUUUUUUCCUGCUGUUUUAUGGACGCCUUAAGUAGAGGUAUGGAUGUCGAUGACGACAGUGCGUUCGAAUUCACCCAGAAACACAUGAAGUAUUUGAGGCAGCGACUGGUGCUAGAUAUAGCAAUGGCGUCUUCCUAA